AUGGGUCUAGGACCUAUAAGAUGGUGGGCAGGACUUCAUAGAGCUCAUCAUCAAUACACUGACGACCCCGAUAAGGAUCCGUACUCCAUCAAAAGAGGUUUCCUAUGGGCUCAUUGGGGUUGGCUUUUGAAGAGACCAAGAUCGGAUGCAUUCUUCAGAGACUUCGUGGAGAACGAAUUUAGUACCGACGAAUUGGCUCCCAACGAGCUCGAGUACACUGGAGAAAGAUCUCGUACCCACUAUGAAAAUUUCACCAGGCAAUACAUCAUAUGGCAAGAGAAGAAGUAUUGGUCGUUCUUCAUUUUCUCAACAAUCAUUUUACCUAUCAUUGUAUCCGUUUAUUUAUGUAAAGAUACCUGGAUCAAUGGCUUAAUAUACCCUGGUUUGUUGAGAAUGUGCGCUUGCCAACAGCUGCUUCUCAGUACUGAGUCAUUUGGCCAUGCCAGGAGGUUGCCAUUUACUUUCCCCACCCAGCCAUUCAAUGAUAAAAACUCGCUGGUCAAUUGCAUGAACCCUGUUUUUGCAAUGAUCUCGUUUGGUCAAAAUCUGCAAAACUAUCACCAUGAGUUCCCUCACGAUUAUAGAGAUAGCUCUGCCUUGUGGGCUUAUGAUCCUACAAAGUGGUUUAUUGCAGUGCUUCAUCAUCUACGCUUAGUUGAAGAUGUAUCAAGGACCCCUGCAAACCUCGUGGUUCAGCUUCAGAUCCAGCAGCAACAAGCUGUUCUCAAUAGACGAAGAAGUCAAUUGAAUUGGGGCACACCUAUUUCCAAAUUACCAAUGAUCACCACCAAAGAGUUUAAAAGACUUUGCGGUACAGCAGAUGAUAAGCAUCGUAUCUAUAUUGUGAUACAAAACAUUAUUCAUGACAUCACUCCGUUCAUGGACCAGCAUCCUGGAGGAAUUGCAUUGCUCAAAGCUUCCCAUGGAAAAGAUGCCACUAAAGCAUUUUAUGGCGGUGUUUACGGGCACCUGACUGCUGCAGUCAAUCUCCUUGCAACCAUGAGAAUCGGUGUACUAGCCCUGGGUAACGACGAGGACGUCUGGAGAAGAGUGGCUAGAGAAGAAGGAGAAGUCAAUGACGGAGAUUCUAGGAGACAACAAAAUAGACUACCGUGGGCCACAGUGGAAGACUUAGAUAUCCGUCCAGCCAUCUCUAUAAACCCAUCAACUUCCAUUAACAGGGCUUUGGAAGUCACGUUUGAAAAUGAGUUCACAUACUUGCCAGUGAUUGAUGAAGACCACAAGACUCUUCUAGGUGUCUUGAACGUCGAACACUUGGAGAAAAAUAAGCUUGACAGUGUUGAGCCUAUAACAAAGAACUACAUGCUUUGGUUUAGUCAAAAGGCCAGAGAAAAGUAUGAGAAGAACUUCUCCAAAAGAACAGCCACACCACUCAAUUCUAAGAUCGUGAAACCAAAGGCUGGCAAGGGCAAACAUUAUCAUGUGCUUACUCCGUUGACUCCUUUGGAGACACUUGCUGAGUUUUUCAAUGCCGGAAACUACUUUGCUAUUAUUACUAAUGGAGAGGGCAGCUUGGUCUACGGUGUGGUGACUCCAGAGGACCUCACCAAAUACGAACAUUCAAGACCACGCUUGUAA